AUGCGGAUUCUAUGGCUGCUCUUGCCACUGCUACCAUCAGUAUACCCAAGUUUUACUAACAACACAGAAGACCUGUUAUGGGGAGCUUACAGACCCAACUUGUACUUCGGCCUUCGACCAAGGUUACCCCAAUCCCUUAUGACAGGCCUGGUGUGGUUCGGUACUCAGAACUAUCAGUCUAUAGCUAAGGCCCGGCAUGCAUGCGACCAGGGCGAUGGCCUUGACAGCUAUACCUGGACGCAUUUCGAUCCACGGCAGGGCGGUGUACAAAUACUACAGGACAGUCAGAACAACGUUAGGAUUACCACCGAGCUUUUGAAGGUUCCUGGCGGCUCGCAUGGUGGUGGUUGGGCUGCACGGAUCAAGGGAGUACCUAUUGACCCCAUGCGUCCAUCUAGGAUUUCCACUGUAUUUUAUCUCGGCUUAGAAGGAAUAGGCGGGGUAGAUAUGGUCACCGAUGAGAGCGAGAAUGGAAUCGAUGGACCUGUAGAAUUCGCUGGCAGUACGCCUGACCUCGGUGAUUUCACUCUCCGCAUUCUCGAAGCGCCUGGAAAUGAGGCUGUAACCACCGGCCCGUUGUCUGAGGAUUUCGAGGAACGGUUAGGCAAAACUCACGUCGUGGGGUUGCGGCUUCCACCGGGACAACUUUGGACCGCGAAAGGCACGUUCCCUCUCUCGGAGAACAUCGUCGCCCGUGCAAGCCCGAUUGCUGAGAAAUACCGCUCUGCCGAACAGGCGCCUGAUCCUUCAUUUAUUCUGCAGCUUUCUGAUGAUAUCCUCACCGCAAGCAAUCUUUUUGCAGUUCAAAAGUCGUUUGAGGGAGAGUUUCAGUUUGAUGUCUUCUUCGAGAGCGCCAGUGCGAACCAGACGUUCGAUGGUCUGGUCCAAACGAGCACCAUCGACCAAGGUAUUGCGGCGAUCGUAACGUCCUUCGACAGUCACUUUGAUGAGACAUUCCCAAUUCCGUCGUCACACGCAGCCGAUGACGUUACAAGUUUGAAGUCAUUCAGCAAGGCCAUCACGUCCAAUCUCUUCGGCGGUAUUGGAUACUUCUACGGCACGUCCAUCGUUGACAAAGGUUUCGCGUAUGAAUGGGAUCAAGAUGACGAGAUCGAUGACGAAAAUGAUGGAGAUAGUGGUGCUCGGUUGACUGAACCACGUGCUCUGUUGACCGCUACGCCUAGCCGCAGCUUCUUCCCGAGAGGUUUUUACUGGGAUGAAGGCUUCCAUCUUCUACACAUAGGCGCAUGGGACACGGAGCUUAGUCUCGAAAUCCUCAAAGACUGGAUUAAGCUCAUCGAUGGCAAUGGCUGGGUCGCACGUGAACAGAUCCUUGGUGAGGAGGCGCGCAGCCGCGUCCCUGAGCAAUUCCAGACACAAGUGCCUACCUUCGCAAACCCGCCGACUCUGACAAUGGCUGUAACAGCCAUUAUCAAUCAAUUCAACGCUGCGCAUGAUGGACCUUCCGCCGCAGAUCUUGGGAUGGACUAUGGCAUGGGUGGACAAAUGCCUCUUGCCGGCACUCUCAAGUCCACCGCAGCCCUUGAUCGCACAGCUGUGCAGUCUGUCCUGCGCGAGAUGUACAAGCCCUUGAAGCGGCACUAUGAAUGGUUCCGUCGGACGCAGCGUGGGCAGAUUAAGCAGUACGGCCGUCGGGCGCGGUCACGCACGGAAGGGUACCGCUGGCGAGGACGCUCUGAGGCACAUGUCUUGACGAGCGGAAUGGACGAUUAUCCGAGAGGUCCGCCGCAUGCAGGGGAGCUUCAUUUAGACUUAAUCAGUUGGAUGGCCUUCUUCAGUCGAACGAUGAAGGAUUUUGCACAGUUCAUUGACGAAGAAGAUGAUGCGGCAAGUUUCGCUGAGAUUGAGUUAGCCAUUAUAAAUAACAUUGACGAUCUGCAUUGGAACGAGGAAAACGAGAUGUACUGUGACGUUGGGAUCGACUCGGACGAUGAAUCCACCCAUAUCUGUCAUCUGGGUUAUGUUUCUCUCUUCCCGUUCAUGCUCUCGCUGCUCCCGCCAGACUCUCCACACCUUGGGCCGAUCCUUGACAUGCUGCGUGAUCCAGAACAGCUCUGGUCGGAGUAUGGUAUCCGCAGCCUGAGCAAGAGCCACUCCGAGUUUGGGCAAGGGGAGAACUACUGGAAAGGACCGAUAUGGGUGCAGAUAAAUUAUAUGGUGCUUGGGGCAUUGCAUAACACGUACGCGCGCGAGGAGGGACCAUUCCAGGAGAAGGCAAAGGAGAUUUAUGAAGAGCUGAGGAGGAAUGUGGUGAAUAAUGAAUAUCAAAGAACAGGAUAUGUAUGGGAACAGUACGAUGCUCUUACCGGAGAGGGGCGGAGGAGCCACCCUUUCACUGGUUGGACUUCGCUCGUCACGCUCAGUAAGCAUUUACUCUCUACCCCCAGGAAGUCAUCUGAUUUUCAACUCUUGUGA